AUGAGUGCCCGUCAAAUUCAUCCAGAACUUGCCAAAGAUCUCUCGGUGUACACUUGCUCACACGUCCAUCCCUACUCACACUCAAAUAUGAAUUAUCUUCAAUUCCCUGUGCAGUUUUGUGUUAGCCUACGCUCGAAUAAAGGUGUUAGAGACGAAAUUCGAGACCUCCAAUCAACCACCUCUCUUCAGAAUCGUGUAGCGAUUUCCUGGCGACAAUUGGCCACCGCUAAUUCAUGUCGGAUGACGUUCAAGGGAUACCAAUCCGAAUAUCAAAUCUCGCCGGACCUCGGUGGAUACGAGACAUGUCAGACUUCCAUCUCUCGCCAUCUGUUCCAGCUCUCGCAGGGAAUGAAUUUUGGAGCAAAGCCCAAACAGAUUUUGUUCAAUUCUACAAAUCCAGAAUGCCCGAUUGUUGAGCUGCCGACGACGUAUCCUGAAUAUGUGGCCUGCAAGUUUACCAGCAACGAAUGGUAUUUAGUUAAAUGGUCGUCUUAUAUUCGCUACGAGACAUUCCGAAAUGGAGAAUACGGAACUUAUUGGGCAAAUGAUACUCAAACAUUUGUUGUGAAAAUGAGCGAAGAAUUGCGCCGAAAUGGGACAGAACAUGUGUGGCUCCAAAGGCUUUUGAAAGUCAAAACAAGAAACGUGGGAUGCGACAAAGCAUACAUAUUGGUCGAACUUGCUGACGGCUGGUCGCACCGAGCGAAUCGCAUCAACGUCAUCUAUCGAAUAUUCGAAGGCUCCAUGAAAAUCCAUCAAGAACUUGUGGGCACCUAUGAUGUCGAUGGUUGGAAUCAGUUAGAAACGAGUCUCAAGCAGACGCCAGGAGAUCAUGAAAUAUGUGUGCAGCUCAUCAACCCGGCAAUUUCAAAACACGUGAAAGUCAAUCAUUGCUAA